AACCCCAUAUAAUCAAAUAACAGCUAACUAUCCUGAUAUGGGUUUCUAUGUUAUGAGACGACAAGGUUUAUUCAUCCAAUUUGAAAAAUACCAAAAAUCAAGGGGGUAAUUUGGAACUGUAGCAGUACUCGAUUGCUCAAAGGCAUAGGUGUAAAAUGAUUAUUCCGAGGGGAAUCGCCGAAUGUGUAAGGGUAUAGCUCGUCAGUCUACAGCUUAAAUGCACAGUAAAUUGAUUUAUGGUGGAGAGGGGUGAUUGCACAGUUUAAAGUAUUGAUGCAUAAAAGCAAGCCAUGUAGGGUCAUUUUUUCUGAUAGGACGAGGGUGGGGGGCAGCAGUCCGCUCCUCCCGCGGUCGGUGGCUCCAUCUGCGUUUAAAACUGGAAUCUUCCGAUACAAAGGGAGCUGUUUCCAGUUCCAGUUGUCACUAGCAUCAGAGAGCCUCCUCUGCUCAAAGCGCCUGUGCUUGUGCAAUCCUGAAACCAGUUUAAGACUUGACUUGACCAUGAGUCCUGCAACACGACCGCACUCCCUUUCUUCUACCCUGAAUAUCAUUUAACGGAACUUUAUUAAACUAAAGAAUUUUCUAAAUACGGAGAAAAGUCAAACAGAUCACCUGUUGUCUUCUCUCCUUGCUCCACGUGUUUUUAUAGUGGGGAGCGUGCUUUGAAAUCUUUUCUGCUACAGGUGCAUGCUUUUUAAACAAUGUAUGUGGAAGAAACGCUGGGGGUUCCUAGGACUUUAAUCGACGAGAAUUUCUCAAUUUCUUCCUGGUGAAUGCUGGAUUCUGAAAAAAAAAAGUUUUUGAAGAUCUUUAUAGCUAAGGUUUGAUGUCACAUUUAAGGUAAACAUUUGACUGAGACAAAACAAAAUGGAGCUUGGAACUUCAUCUUCAGUCGCCAACGUGACAGAUCCCUGGAUUUACUCCGGUAUUUUCACUGGAAAUGACUCCUCAGAAGUUACCACUAUUGCAUCUAAGAACGUCACUGACCACAGCUUUGACAAGACCAGCAGCGUGGUCAUCACCUUCUUGUAUUUUGUGGUGUGCGCUGUGGGACUGUGUGGAAACACAUUAGUCAUCUAUGUGAUCCUGCGUUAUGCCAAGAUGAAAACUGUCACCAAUAUUUACAUCCUGAACUUAGCCAUCGCAGAUGAACUGUUCAUGCUUGGACUACCCUUUAUCGCAAUACAGUUGGCCCUAGUCAACUGGCCUUUUGGCCAAGCGCUUUGCCGGGUAGUAAUGACCGUUGAUGGACUGAACCAGUUCACAAGCAUCUUCUGCCUGACGGUGAUGAGCAUUGACAGGUACCUGGCUGUAGUCCACCCCAUCAAGUCCACCAAAUGGAGGAAACCAAGAAUGGCCAAGAUGAUCAAUGGGGCAGUGUGGGCUCUCUCGCUGUUGGUCAACCUGCCCAUCAUAAUCUACAGUGGUGAGAGGAGAAGUCACGGAGGGAACAGCUGCACCAUCAUCUGGCCAGACCCUCCAGAGGCGUAUUACACAGGGUUCAUGUUCUACACCUUUUUACUGGGAUUCUUCAUUCCCCUGAUGGUCAUCUGCCUUUGCUACCUGCUGAUCAUCAUCAAGGUGAAGUCCUCCGGGAUCCGAGUGGGCUCUUCCAAAAGGAAGAAGUCAGAAAGGAAGGUGACCAGGAUGAUCUCCAUCGUGGUGGCAGUUUUCGUCUUCUGUUGGCUGCCCUUCUACGUUUUCAAUGUCACGUCCGUGACGGGCACUAUUACCACCAGCCCUGCCUUCAAGAGCAUGUUUGACUUUGUGGUGGUCCUGAGCUAUGCCAACAGCUGCGCCAACCCCAUCCUGUACGCUUUCCUGUCUGAGAACUUCAAGAAGAGCUUUCAGAAUGUUCUGUGCCUGAAGAGGGUAGGGGGGCUGGAUGAUAUAGACAGGAGCGACAGCAGACAGGACAAGACCAGGAUGAUGAAUGAAGCUACGGAGACCCAAAGCACACUGCUUAACGGGGAUCUCCAGACCAGCAUUUGAAAUAGAUUUGAAAGAUGCAUUUCAGUCCAAAUCAAGAAGUCUUUACCCCUUCAUCUAUGGAGAUCUAUUUCCAUUACCAUUGCCCCUGCACCAUGGAUGAUCUGUUUCUGAUAUUGCACUAUACUGACCCAUUUAAAAUCACUUCAACUAGUGCAAACCUGCACAAAUCUGGACAAAACUUGAUGUGAUAGAUGGAGACUGAUGCCAUUACACUGUGUGUAAGGUUCUGGAAUCCACUCACUGUGUAAGGUUCUGGAAUCCACUCACUGUGUAAGGUUCUGGAAUCCACUCACUGUGUGUAAGGUUCUGGAUCCAGCUUUAGCCACCCCCCUUACUGUCAAGGAACCUUAGAAUAAGUGAAGAAAACUGUCCUUUUGUGCCAUGUCUCUGAUGUCUGCUGUGAUGCUGCAUUGUAUCUCCACUCUUUCAAAUAAUUAGUUAGACAAUCUAUCCAACAAUCAGAAUGGCUGGGGAUACUGUAGCUUUAAGUGAAAAGGUGUUUUUUUUUCAGAGGUGCAGGAUCAAGUCAAUUAUAUUAAAAAGUUACAUGAGUAAUAUAAUUCUACAAUACAGCAAAGCUGUAUUGUGCCACCCACCACAAAAAAACAAUAUAUAUAUAUUUGACUGUGCUGUAUAGUUUUUUGUAAUUGUGUUCAUAGACAUCUUGUGUAGUGUUUGUAACUGAAAUAUCCCCGAUAUCCCCGUAGAGAACUAAUGAAGAAAUAUGGUUGGGUUAAACAACGAUAAUAUGUAGAAGGGAAUAUUAUGACUGAUGUAUAUUCCACUUUAGUAUUUUAACAAGGUAUUUUCAUUCACUUGUAAAAGGAUGUUUGUAAUGAACACAGUGCCACCAAAAAACUUGCAUAUAAAUAUUAUGUACUCCCCUUCUGUAUUAAUAAUAAGUGCAUAAUACAUAGUUGUACAGAUUUUGGUGAAGCAAUCUAUGAAAUUGAAUUUCUUAAAUGAUUUGCACAAAAAUAUUUAAUUAUACCAUACGAAGUGUAUCAUACAUCCUUUAAAAAAGUUUUAAAAAUAUAUAUAUAUAUAUAUAUGUAUUGUAUUUCUUUUGUGAAUUCUACAGUAUUGCAAAGAAAGGAAUCCGCAUGUGGUAAAAUGACAUGCUGUUUUAAAAUUAAGCAAAUUCUGCGUCAGGGAAUGAAUGCAUUUCUGUUUGUAAUUGUAUUUGAGAGCCAUAUUGAAGUCACUGUGGAUCAUCCAGACUAGCUGUUUUAUAGCUUUAUAGUUUUUUUGCUUUUAGCCCAUGUGACUGACUGUUGAUAAUUGAUGUCUUUAUUCAAGUUAUUUUUGUGUGUGAUAUGAUGAAUGUAAAAGUGUGCCUGUGCCUGUCUCCCUCGUCACUAAGCUGUUGAUAUUGAAUGUAUUCUUUAUAUGCAAGUGGUUUUAUUUGCUUUUACAGUAUUUGGCUGUCCAGUUUGAGCUAUGGCUAGAUUUAGACUUGGGGUUCCAAUGUAAUUAUUCACUAUGUUUCUACUGUAUUCCAUAGCAGCUACAGUUUGUAUUGCAAGCUUUAGAUAGUUUGUUUGGUGUAAGCUUUUGAUAACUGUAUAACAGCCAAAUACAUUCUGUAAUACAUUUUACCUAUGAGUUAAUACACUAAUUCUGUAGAUCCUAUUUUUCUUACUGAAAAUAAAACCCAAACCACUUCACAAUUAUCUCCAAGAACACAUUGAUCAAUAAAGACAAGCGCACCAUUAAACUACUCCACGUCAUUCCCUGCCAAUCGGGAAACACUCCGUUAUGAGGACCACUCAUGAAAUACACAUUCAUCCAAAAAUGUAUUCCUAAACAGGGGGAAAGGAAUAAACAAAACCAUUAUGAUAUAUUUAUAAUAAAAAAGUGUUUAC